GACCCCCAAUCCCCCCAGAUUCCCUCUCCGCCGCCGGCAAUGGCUUCCAAAUUCUUUCCUGCCGUCCCGCGGACUGCCCGCCAGCUUUUCCAGAGCCUCCCCAAGACCCAGACCCAGUACAGACCCUUCUCGGCCGCUCCGCAACGUUGCAGCGACUCCCUUGCCGUGCACCGCAACAAGCCCGACAACAACCCGACCGUCCCCUUCAAGUUCUCCGAGCAGAACCUCAAACUCAUCGAUGAGAUCCUCAAGCGCUACCCUCCCCAGUACAAGAAGGGCGCCGUCAUGCCCGUCCUGGACGUCGGCCAGCGCCAGCACGGCUACACCAGCAUCAGCGUCAUGAACGAGGUCGCCCGUCUCCUCGAGAUGCCCCCCAUGCGUGUCUACGAAGUCGCGACCUUCUAUACCAUGUACAACCGCGAGCCCGUGGGCAAGUACUUCGUCCAGCUCUGCACGACGACACCCUGCCAACUCGGCGGCUGCGGCAGCACCAAGAUCGUCGAAGCCAUCACAGAACACCUCGGCAUCACCCCGGGCCACACGACCAAGGACGGCCUCUUCACCUUCGUCGAGGUCGAAUGCCUCGGCGCCUGCGUCAACGCCCCCAUGGUCCAGAUCAACGACGACUACUACGAGGACCUGACCCCCGAAUCCAUCAAGACCCUCCUCACCGCGCUCAAGGAGUCCUCCGCCGCCGCCGCCGCCGAGGGCCAGUCCCCCAAGGUUCCCGCCCCCGGUCCCCUCAGCGGAAGACAGACCUGCGAGAACAGCGCCAGCCUAACGAACCUGGUCGACCCCGUCUGGGACCCCGCCACGAUGAUGAGAAAGGACGGUGCGCUGGAGGCUUCGACGCAAUAAAUGAGAUGAUGAAGUUAAAAUUUCUCCCGCGUUCUCACUCAUACUCAUACUCUCUCAAUACUCACUCCUAUGCUAUGCUAUAAUUUCGAGCAGAGAAUAUAGUUCUUUUUUUUUACACACCUAUCCCUCCUCGUUCACAUCUGGAUACCGUGCGCUGGAUCAGUUGAGCAUGUUUCCAGCUUCCCCCACCCCCAAAUUUCCCUUUUUCUUCCCUGGUUGGCUGGCUGGCUGGUAAAUUGGACGGACGGACGGACGCACAGACAGACGGACAGACGGGCCCCUUCCUUCCUACCAGGUAAAUGAUUAUGUACAGUACCUUGUUACCGCUAUUGCUAUCGUUAUUGUUGAUGUUAUUGCUGUUGUUGCUGUUGAUGUUUC